AUGGGAGGAGCUAGUCCGACGCCGGGGGGAGGAUCGUUCGACACGUCGCAAGUGUGGACCUCGUACGGCGGGUGGUUCGCGGACCCGAAACACUGGCGAAGAAACACCGCGAUUGGAUUUGGCAUCGUGUUCGUCGCCUCGGCGUUCGUGUUUAACCAAUCGAGGAAGAUGGAGAAAAGGCCGCAGUUUCCGCACCACGGGAUUCCCAGCCAGAUGUGGGCGCCAGAAGGGACGUUUGUUAAGAAGGAGUGA